AUGAAAUCUACUAGCCCAUUUUGUCAGGGUGAACAUGGAGAUCCAGGAUUACCGGGAUUUGCCGGAGCUCCAGGACCACAGGGCACAAAAGGUGAACCAGGAUCUAUUGGACUGCAAGGACCACCAGGAGAUAUGGGGUUACCUGGAGAACACGGUAUACCUGGGAAACAAGGUAGCAAAGGAGAAAAGGGAGAGGAUGGUGGUAUUGAAGGUCCUCCUGGUCCUCCAGGUCCAAAAGGGGAUAUCGGACCUCCAGGAUCAGGUUUACCAGGUGUACCGGGGCAAAGUGGUAUGUCUGGCACACCAGGUCCAAGGGGUCCUAAGGGUGAAAGAGGAUUGCCUGGUGUACAAGGACCGCCUGGAGAGGUUGGAUUGCCAGGGGAUGGUAUAGACGGCCCUCAGGGUCCACGAGGACCGCCCGGCGAACCAGGUAUCCAGGGGCCUCGAGGACUUCCAGGAGUACCAGGACUUCCUGGUGCAGAAGGUGUUCCAGGCAGAGAUGGACGUCCCGGACCACCAGGUCUCCCAGGUGACCCAAUUGCCCUUCCACUCCUGGGUGAUAUUGGCGCUAUUCUUAAGAAUGUGUGCAGCCAUUGCCAUAUUGGGGGUCCUGGCAGCACCGGUAUCAAAGGAGAACGAGGUGCAACAGGAAUUCCUGGUCAUGAUGGUAUGAAGGGGGAUCCUGGCUCGAGAGGACCAAUGGGAAUUCCUGGCAAAGAAGGACCAAAGGGUGUAAAAGGUGAACGUGGCUUUCCAGGUCUAUCUGGAGAGAAAGGUGACCAGGGUUAUCAAGGUAUCCCUGGGCUGCCUGGAGCUGCAGGCCCACCUGGAACUACAGGGCCGGUUGGGAGACCUGGACAUCCAGGAACGGCUGGGCCCAGAGGAGAAAAGGGUAAUGAAGGCUCUCCUGGCAGACCUGGUCCUCCUGGCCCCCCUGGUAUGCCCAUUACUGAAAGAAAUGGAAUGGGAAGCCUUUAUAAAUUACAGGGAGCAGCUAACUACCCUGGACCUCCUGGACCUCCGGGUCUAAAAGGUGAUCAAGGACCCAUGGGGGAAGCAGGCCCAAUGGGGUUGCCAGGCUUGGAAGGUCUUCCAGGAGAGAAGGGAGAACGAGGGCAAAUUGGUCCCCCGGGAAUUUCUGGGCUACCGGGGAGAAACGGAGCUUCGGGUUCACCAGGAAUCCCAGGUGAACCAGGCGAAAGAGGUCCAGUAGGAGAUAUUGGCUUUCCUGGACCUGAAGGGCCUCCUGGACCCCCAGGAAGAAACGGAAAUGAUGGAUUACCGGGUUCACUGGGAGCCCCUGGUCGGCCGGGUGACAGAGGUCCAAAAGGAGAGCGCGGAGAUCCAGGAAUCCCUGGUGAUCAAGGUCCACAAGGAGAAAGAGGUAAACCUGGCACUCCAGGAGAGAAAGGAGACAUGGGAUCUGUUGGACCACACGGGCCACCUGGAGACCCAGGAAUACCAGGAAAUGAUGGACUCCCUGGACUCCCAGGUCCUCCAGGAACACCAGUUACAUGGACAGAGAAUGUCAUGUUUGAAGAAAUGAAAAAAUAUAUUAAAGAACAAGUUUUAAGAAUUUUUGAAGAAAGAAUGGCUGAAAUACUAUCUCAAGUGAAAACACCAGCUGCCUUACUAUCUGCUGAAGGACAUGGUAAACCAGGUCCACCUGGAAAAGAUGGCUUGCCAGGAGCUCAUGGAGAUCCAGGUCCUCCAGGUCCCCAAGGUUUAAGAGGACAGAAAGGAGAAAGAGGUGAAUUUGGAAUCGGUCUUCCGGGAAGUCCCGGACCUUCAGGCCCUACAGGUAUACCAGGCCCACCUGGCCCUCCAGGUCCAAUUGGCCCUUCUGGUCCACCAGGCUCAGGUGGAAGGUGUAAUCCUGUGGAUUGCUACUAUCCAACAUCCCAUGGUCGACCACGACUAAAUGGAAAAUGACCUGCUUUCUUCUGACACGGGUUAAUUUAUGACAAGAACAAUUCCACCUCAAGCAACUAGCACAUGACAAAUGUUGCGAAGACAUUGAGGAGUGCUGUCCAUGUAUUAUGAGAUGCCAUCUCGCCGUGGAUGUGAAUGUGGCAGAAACGAUUUAUCGAAACAGCAGACAGUCUUAUUGCAAUGUACCUGCCACAUAGGAGGACAUUUAUUUUAUAGGAUACAGUUAGUCAACUGUUUAAUUUUAUAGCAUACAGUUAGUCAAAUGUUUUACACCCCUGGUACAGUGAAUCCCUCUGUGCCACUAAAGACAUUAGCAUUUCAAAAAUGUGAAAUACCCAAAAUGUAUUUUUAGAUUAAGUUAAUACACAAGCAAAGAAAUGUUAAGCAUGUGGACGAAAGAUAAAAAAUCCAUUCACCUGUUUCUGCUUUUACAUUUAAAUAUUUGAAAUACUCUACUCUCUAAGGUCGAAUGGGAAAUGGAACCAAAUUAUGUUCCAGAUGUUGUCUUUAGUGAUAUGGUGGUGUUUUUGGUCUGCGGUAUAUUUUGCAGCAGGUUAUAAUAUUCUUUGCUUGAACAUCAACAUUUGGCUUAAUUCAAAAAAUAAAAAUGUAUUUUUUUGGGGGGUGGGGAGAUGAUAAUUACUGUAUAUUUACAGCUGCUCGGACUGCACAGCCAAAGCCUGUUUAAACAGACGAAAUGUUUGUGUCCUUUGAUCUGUGGUGUAUUUGUUUUUGUUUUUUCUCUUUCUUGAAGGACGAAAUGAAGGAAGCUCAUAGUACGGUUCAUUUUGGCCUUCAUGGCAGUCUGUGUAAAGGUCUGUUGUAAUUUGCUAUUUAUAAUUUAAUGAGAGAGAUUUUAUAAAAAUGAACUAGACUAGGCUGCUGACAGAAUAUUCUGCUACACAGCUCAAGUGCUAGUAGAUUUAUGAAAAAAUAAGCUGUUGCUUAAAUUUUAAAUUACAUUGUUAUCCUAAUAAUUUUGAAAGGUUAUUUCUCUGCUGUCAGGUUUUUUUUUAAGCAGAGAGUUGAUUCCUCAAGAAUUUGCUAAUAUUCUGGAGGAUGUGAUAUUUAUAUUGCACAUUACCAUUAAUACUGCAGAAGUCUUAAUUUAUCUACCCAUGCGUAGUGUCCAUUAACCCUACACAUUAUUUUGUAGUCGCAUAAAGAUUUGAUACAGUGGAAACUCUGAGACAUUUAAAUUGGAUGAUCUCUUAUCCUUUCUGCCCCAUGGUGACCACAACUUUGCAGACAUCUUAGGUUACAUUUGCAUGCAUUGCUGCUUAAAAACUGGUGACCAGGGUUUUUCACUACACGGGUACAGAAAUAUUUUUAAUAUAUGCUUUUUUGUAUUAAAGAUUGAGUUUUGACAUACAUAUUUUGGAUCUCAUCUAUUAUAGAUGGUAGGUAGAUGUUUAGGUAACUUUGGAGAUAAUGAUUUACUCUAAAAGUCUUAAAUGUGUCUUCUGUGCCAUUAAAAGUCUCCAUCAAGUCAAGAGCAUUUUUCUAUAGUUAUGAUGGUAAAUUAGCAAUUGUAGUGUUCCGCACUAAUUCAUUAACAUUUUCCCGAUGACAUUUAGAUGAUCAAACUGUAAAAGAAAUAACAAAACAAUAAGAUCUGUCUUAUCAAAAGUAAAACAGUACAAUCCCAUUGUAAAAUAAACUGAAUAUAAACGAAAGCUCCCGUGCAAAAGAGAGAAACUGUAUAUUGCUUUAGAGAUAUAAAGAUGCCAUC